AUGCCCUACAACACCCGCCGGAAGUCGCUGUCGCUGCCGUCGCUCGGCAUCCAGCUGCCAGGAGGACCGCGAUCCGCGCGCUCACCGCCUUCGACAAGCGACGGCCAGCACGCCGCAAAGAAACAGAAACGCUCCCACUCCGGCUCUCUCUCAUCGGCACUCCCCUCGCCAUCACGCCCCGCCGCACUGCGCCUCGAUGAGCAGCGACCCAAAAGCUCAGGCCGGGUGGCAGACACCCCGCCACCGUCGCCGGGCGGCGAGUCCGGCACGACCAAGAUCGAUACCCAGGGCAUCGACGACGAAAUCGUGGUCGGCGUUAUCGAACAGCUCCAGAAAACAGGCAACCGUCCCCACCUGCUGAAGGAACUCGCCCUCGUUCUAUCGCCCAUCAUUCCCAUUGUUGAGAGCUCCGCCAACCCAGCUGCCAUUAUCUCGUCACGCUUAGCGACCUACCUCAAGCGCAAUUGGACAGCCCUGUCGAGAUGUCCUCUCGACAAGAAGCUUGUUGGUACCCACCCCAAGCGUGUCUACUACUUCCUCUCCACUUGCCCGCAUCAGCCUAUCCCGGCCGACGGAACUAGCACCGCCAUGGCACCACGCAUCGUCACCCCAUCGCUGUCGUCCGCAACUUCGGAAGAAGAGGACGCGGAUGCGAGAUCAAGAGGUCGCAUGUCACCGUCGCCCGAGCUAGACCUGUCCGACUACGACAGCCACGACAGCGACCCCUUCUCCAAGCAGAGCCAUCUUCCCACGACUGCAAACAUCUCGCACAACCGCCGAGCUCAGUCGCCGCCUUUAGAAAAGGAUGAGCGCGAGUUCACCCAGACUGCGUCGUUCCUGCAGCAACGUCGCAUGAGCCAGGAAGCCGAGCGUGAGCGAUCUGCCAGCGCGUCUGCCGAGCCAACACAACAGAGCGAUGUUAAAAUGGAAGAAGUUUCAGUCUCCGUCGAGGAGACCGUAGAAAGCGCUGCUCAAAAGGACUCGGAAGCCGCAGCCGCCCUCUUCGGCCAAAUGGACCAGCUCAUGACCUUCCAGAGCGCGCUAUCACCCAGCAGCCCCGCGCUGAAACCAGUGCUCCACAUCGAAAUGCCCCCGCCGUCGCUCAAGCGCAAGUCGAUAAAACUCGAGCUUGACGACGACUGGAUCAUGAAGAGCCCGGAGCUCAUUGACCUUGACGAGCUUGAUGACCUUUUUGGCGGCUACUAG